AUGCCCAUCACCAGGGACGCAGUCAAGGAGUCCUUAAUGGGCACUUCCGAUGAGCCCCAGCCGUCACAGCAGGCCAAGGCCAACUUUCACCGUCAUGCGCGAAAAGAUGAGACCACAGGGGAAUUGUAUAUGACGGAAGAUGACUUUGUUAAUGCUAUUGCCCCUAAGCAUGAGGACUAUCACAAAAUCAAGCGCGAACAUUAUGCUAUCCUUUUCAGAGUCGCGGAUAAGCGCAGAUCCGGCAGACUCUCCCUCGGAGACUGGUCAACGUUCGAAAACCUUCUGGGUAAGCCGGAUGCAGAGUAUGAGAUCGCCUUUCGCCUGUUCGACUUGGAUGGCACAGGCACCGUGAAAUGGGAAACUUUUCAGAAUCUUUACAACCUCAAUAAGACCAAAGAUAGCAUCCCCUUCGAUUGGAAUUCAGAAUGGGCUUCCCUGUAUACCGGACGGACCAAGAGCCGACACGACAUGACCUACCCCCAGUUCGCUCAAAUGCUGCGAGGCUUGCAGGGCGAGCGAAUCCGGCAGGCUUUCCACAUUUUCGAUAAAGACGGGGAUGGCUACAUCGACCCCGAAGACUUCCAGCACAUCAUCCUCGAAACCUCGAAACACAAGCUGUCGGACUAUGUUUUGGAACACCUUCCUAGUCUGUGCAACAUUUCGACCGGCACCAAGAUCUCUUAUGCCACCGUCCGCGCCUUUCAGAACGUCAUGCGGGAGAUGGAUAUGAUUGAUGUGAUUGUGCGCGAAGCCACCCAGAAGAGCGAUGACGGGAAGAUCACGCGCUCCGAUUUCCUCAACGAGGCGGCACGUGUUACUCGAUUCUCCCUUUUCACUCCCAUGGAGGCGGAUAUCCUGUUCCAUUUCGCUGGAUUGGACGCGCCUUCGGGAAGACUCUCUCAAAAGGAUUUUGCCAAGGUCAUUGAUUCGUCAUGGCGUAUGCCUCUUGCGGUCGCCGGACAAGCCGCAGCGGACGCUGCGCAUAAAGCGGCGGACAAGACUAAAUCGAUCUUAUACGGCGUGCUUGAGUCUGUCCACCAUUUUGCUCUAGGCAGUCUUGCGGGUGCUUUCGGAGCUUUCAUGGUUUAUCCCAUUGAUCUGGUGAAGACCCGUAUGCAGAACCAACGGUCGUCCCAUGUUGGCCAGACUUUGUACAACAACUCCCUUGACUGCGCAAGGAAGGUUAUCCGGAACGAGGGGUUCACAGGCCUGUAUUCCGGAGUUAUUCCCCAGCUGAUCGGCGUUGCUCCGGAGAAGGCUAUUAAGCUCACCGUCAAUGACUUGGUCCGUGGGUACUUUAGCAAUAAAGAGAAUGGCAAAAUUUCGUAUGGCCAUGAGAUUCUGGCUGGUGGCACGGCCGGAGCAUGCCAAGUCAUCUUCACCAACCCUCUGGAGAUCGUCAAGAUUCGUCUGCAAGUUCAGGGCGAGAUCGCGAAAUCAGUUGAGGGUGCACCUCGUCGGUCUGCUCUUUGGAUUGUGAAGAACCUGGGAUUGAUGGGGCUGUAUAAGGGAGCCAGCGCCUGCUUGCUUCGUGACGUGCCGUUCUCCGCCAUCUACUUCCCGACAUACUCCCACUUGAAAGCCGACUUCUUCGGCGAGACCCAGAACCAUAAGCUCGGCAUCGUGCAGCUGCUCACCGCCGGUGCUAUUGCUGGUAUGCCUGCGGCCUAUCUGACGACCCCUUGCGACGUCAUCAAAACCCGUCUGCAAGUUGAAGCCCGCAAAGGUGAGACGAGAUACACCGGCCUUCGUCAUUGCGCAACCACUAUCUGGAGGGAUGAAGGUUUCAAGGCCUUCUUCAAAGGUGGGCCCGCCCGUAUCUUCCGUUCCUCUCCCCAGUUCGGUUUCACUCUCGCAGCCUACGAGGUGCUGCAGAAUUGGCUGCCUAUGCCCGGAUCCGUGCCCGAAGUUUCCCCUUCCGGACAGAUCGAGCCCGGUGUCGGCCUCCAGGUCGCCAGGGCGCCCCUUCCCUACCUCCGGUCGAGGAACGCUCUGAAACUCAUCCUCGACCUGGACGAGAACAUAGGCCGUACCCCGAUACCGUCGACAGAGAAAUGGCCCAAGUUUCUCCAACCUUCGAGGCAACCGUAA